CGCCCGCCCGCCCGCGCGUCCCUUAGUCCACCUGCACCAGGCAGGACGGCAAGCUUCCUCGGCUCCGCCGCCGUAAGGCUCUCGGCGAGCCCGGAGCUUGGGGCUCUUCCUCCCAGGCGGAGGGAUCCACGGCGGCUGAGCAGGCGGCGCUGAGCCUACGGGGGAAAGAGGCAGCUACGGCGGCGGCGGCUGUGGCGGCAGCGCAUAAAGGGGCCGCCGCCGGGUAAUGCGGUGACCGCUGCGGCAGGCCCAGAAGCUGAGUGGGCCUCGGCCCUCAGCUCGUCGGACCCGCGCUCCGGAGUCCCCGGUCUUCUCCGGUCGACUCGCGACCGCUCGGGCGGUCUCAGGCCCCCCCUCGCCCCUUCCCCGCCCCUCCCCCGUCCCCGUCCCCGCCCCGGGGGCCGUCGCCACCGUUUCCCACCAUGGCUCUGAAGAGAAUCCACAAGGAAUUGAAUGACCUGGCUCGAGAUCCUCCAGCACAGUGUUCAGCAGGUCCUGUUGGAGAUGAUAUGUUUCAUUGGCAGGCUACAAUAAUGGGGCCAAAUGACAGCCCCUAUCAGGGUGGAGUAUUUUUCUUGACAAUUCAUUUCCCAACAGAUUAUCCCUUCAAACCACCUAAGGUUGCAUUUACAACAAGAAUUUAUCAUCCAAAUAUUAACAGUAAUGGCAGCAUUUGUCUUGAUAUUCUACGGUCACAGUGGUCUCCAGCACUAACUAUUUCAAAAGUACUUUUGUCCAUCUGUUCUCUGUUGUGUGAUCCCAAUCCAGAUGAUCCUUUAGUGCCUGAGAUUGCUCGGAUCUACAAAACAGAUAGAGAAAAGUACAACAGAAUAGCUCGGGAAUGGACUCAGAAGUAUGCGAUGUAAUUAAAGAAAUUAUUGGAUAACCUCUACAAAUAAAGCUAGGGGAACUCUGAAAGAGAAAGUCCUUUUGAUUUCCAUUUGACUGCUUUCUAUGAGCCCACGCCUCAUCUUCCCCUGUGCACAUGUUUACCUGACACAGCAGUGCUGCGUGUUGUACAUACUUGGGACAACAAACUAGAAAUACUGUACUUCUGUACCAACAUUGCCUCCUAGCAGAGAAGUGUGUGUGUGAGAGAAGCCAGUUCUCCAGGCAUAACCUAGGUGUGAGACUAAAAGCUUUCCUUAUUGACUUAAAUUUGGAUAAUGACAAGCUGUGAGGGGUACUGGGUACACAGUGUGUGCUUGAAUGGGAGGAAAAAAGCUCCAGUGACCUGUAGGAGAUUGUUCUUAAGUGGAAUCCAUCUAAUCUCAAACAGUCAUAAAAAUCAAGGUGAAGAACAUGAAGCUGUUUCUGUAUUCAUUUCAUCCUGAAGGACCUACAACUUAGGUGAAAGUUAUAACCAAACAGAGUAAACUCUACCUUUGAGGUGUAUUUUAAGACCUAGGUUUAACUAUCACCAUUUAAUGGACUGGAGCUGUUAGUACAUAAAGGGUGAUGGGUUUUGUUCCCAAUACUUUCCCAUCUCCCUGCCCUUCCAGCCUUCCUCCUGUUAGCCCCUUUCCAUAAUCUUUGGUUUGUAUGUGGUUUCUCAGUUAAUACAUAGCUGAUAGCUCUUAUUUUUCUUAUGUUUUUAACUGCUUUAGGCCUAUUUCGAUGUAAGGGUGAAAAUUCAUUUGAUCGAAAUACUUGUGUAUAUUUAAAGACCCAGUUGCUCCUCUGGAGCUUGUACGUUCAAGAAUGAUUAAUCUGUGUAAUAAACUGAUUACUACAGUCAUUACAUAUAA